AUGUUAGCAGAACUUCAAUCGCUAAAGGGUCAUGAGAUCUGGAAGCUUGUGCCAAGGAAGACUGCGAAGAAUGUCAAGGCCAUCACCUGUCGCUGGGUGUUCGCUGUCAAACGAGACGAAUUGGUGAUACAUGGAUUCAAACAACGACAAGGGGUGAACUACAACGAAACAUAUGCACCUGUGAUUUGCUUCGAAACUACCCGUGCUGCUAUCUACUUCGCUGUGCAGCGUGGUUGGGAUGUACUGCCGCACGAAGUCAAGACUGCGUUCUUGUAG